GCUGGGCAGCGGACAGAGGCACAUCAGGCUGGGCAGCGGACAGAGGCACAUCAGGCUGGGCAGCGGACAGAGGUCAUCAAGCUGGAUAGGAUCAUCAGGCUGGAUCGGAUCAUCAGGCUGGAUCAUGAACACCGGGUCAUCAGGCUGGAUCACAAACACUGGGUCAUCAGGCUGAAUUGGGUCAUCAGGCUGAAUUGGGUCAUCAGGCUGGAUUGGGUCAUCAGGCUGGAUUGGGUCAUCAGGCUGGAUUGGGUCAUCAGGCUGGAUAGGGCCAUCAAACUGGGUAGCGGGCACCAGGUCAUCAUGCUGGAUAGGAUCAUCAGGCUGGGUAGGAUCAUCAGGCUGGAUUAGGCCAUCAGGCUGGGUAGCAGGCACCAGGUCAUCAAGCUGGAUAGGAUCAUCAGGCUGGGUAGGAUCAUCAGGCUGGAUCGGGUCAUCAGGCUUGAUCGGGUUAUCAGGCUGGAUCGGGCCAUCAGGCUGGGUAGCGGGCACCAGGUCAUUACGCUGGAUAG